UUGUUCAUGGCGGCCGCGGUCUGCGGGCCGUGUCGGGUGGACCCCGGCCGCGGCUGGGGUCGGGCUGCGUCCCCGAGCCCGGGACGUGCCUUCAGCUCGCCCUUGCUGCUGCGCCCCCCCGCUGUGCUCCUCCCUCCGGGGCAGUGCUUGUGCAAUUGAACACAACAAAAGUAUGGAUAUGGGAAACCAACAUCCUUCCAUUACUAGACUGCAGGAAAUUCAAAAGGAAGUGAAAAGUAUAGAACAACAGGUAAUCAGCUUCAGUGGUCUGUCAAGUGACAAGAAUUACAAGAAACUGGAGAGGAUUCUAACGAAACAACUUUUUGAGAUAGACUCUGUAGAUACAGAGGGAAAAGGAGACAUUCAGCAAGCCAGGAAGAGGGCGGCACAGGAGACAGAGCACCUUCUCAAAGAGCUGGAGCAGAACGCAAAUCACCCACACCGCCUCGAAAUACAGAACAUCUUCCAGGAGGCCCAGGCGCUCGUGAAGGAGAAGAUUGUGCCCUUUUACAGCGGAGGCAGCUGCAUAACUGAUGAAAUCGAGGAGGGCAUCCAGGAUAUCAUUCUGAGGCUGACACAUGUUAAAACAGGGGGGAAGAUCUCUUUGCGCAAAGCACGGUAUCACACUCUCACCAAGAUCUGUGCUGUGCAGGAGAUUGUGGAAGACUGCAUGAAAAAGCAGCCUUCCCUGCCGCUUUCUGAGGACACACAUCCCUCUGUCGCCAAGAUCAACUCCGUGAUGUGUGAGGUGAACAAGGCCAGAGGGGUCGUCGUGGCGCUGCUGAUGGGUGUGGACAGCAGUGAGACCUGCAGGCACCUGUCGUGCGUGCUCUCGGGGCUGCUUGCUGACCUGGAUGCUCUAGACGUGUGUGGCCACACAGAGAUCAGAAACUAUCGGAGGGAGGUAGUGGAAGACAUCAACAAGUUACUGAAGUAUUUGGAUUUAGACGAGGAAGCUGAUACGACUCACGCGUUUGACCUGAGACAGAACCAUUCCAUUUUGAAAAUAGAAAAGGUCCUCAAGAGGAUGAGAGAAAUAAAAAAGGAAUUUCUUCAAGCUCAGAACCCUCCCGAAUUGUACCUGAGCUCCAAGACAGAACUGCAGGCUUUGAUUGGACAGCUGGAUGAGGUGAGUCUGGAAAGAAACCCCUGCAUCCGGGAAGCCAGGAGAAGAGCCGUGAUCGAAGUGCAGACCCUGAUCACGCACAUCGACCUGAAGGAGGCCUUGGAGAAAAGGAAGCAGUUCACCUGCGAGGAGCACCCGUCCCACAAGGCCGUCUGGGAGGUUCUGGGAAGCCUGUCGGAGAUCCAGGGAGAAGUCCUCUCAUUUGACGGCAAUCGAACCGAUAAGAACUACAUCCGGCUGGAGGAGCUGCUGACCAAGCAGCUGCUGGCCCUGGACGCCGUGGACCCGCAGGGCGAGGAGAGGUGUAAGGCUGCCCGGAAACAGGCCGUGAAGCUGGCCCAGAACAUCCUCAGCUAUCUCGACCUGAAAUCCGACGAGUGGGAGUACUGACGGGCAGAGCGCUCGCUUUGUCUCUCUCGCUUCACACGUGGUUGUCCUUCUAUGUAUUCAUGGAGCGCUUGCAGCUCGUGGAGCCUAAAUGUGAUUUAUACGUGCAUAUUUCAGUCUCAGUAUUUAUGACUUACGCAAAUUAUAUUCAGGAUCUCUGCUGCUUUUGAUGUUGCAAAACAAAUAUUAUUACAGCUCAUGAACCUUUCCAUUUGGAUCAUCCA